AUGGCUCAACAGCGUAUGCCUCUAUGGGCCGCAGAAGCUGACAUCGAGGAAGACAUCCACGAUGUCGAUCUCUCACUAGCAAUUGGGAACUAUGGCCAGGGUGCCUACGAUGAGGCCCAAAUUCAGCCUACCCAAAUAACAGAAGCUACUCUGAUGGCAGUUCAGCAACAUAUGGCGCAGCAAGCGGCGUUCUCACAAAUACCAGACGCAGUGAAAAAUUUCAUAAUUCACUUCCACCGCGCCGUUCUCGACAACAACCUUGCUGAGAUCACCGUCGCAUAUGAGAGCGGCUGGAACAAGUUCACCGAAAAGUUCUACGCUAAGACGGAAUGGCCGGAGGCAGAAGUCAUUGCACCUCUCGUGAACGACGAUCCCAUAUUCCUCAUCCUCUAUCGCGAGCUCUACUACCGCCAUGUCUACUCUCGUCUGUCACCAAACAUCGACGAUCGCUUCCACUCUUACGAAAACAGCUGCGAAUUGUUCAAUUACUUGCUCAAUUCGGACGGACCCGUAAAACUUGAACUCCCGGAGCAGUGGCUGUGGGAUAUCAUCGAUGAGUUCAUCUAUCAAUACCAAUCCUUCUGCGCAUGGCGCUCCAAGGUCAAAUCAAAAACGGAUGAUGAGCUGGGUCUACUGGCCGAGGGAGGAGGCGUCUGGAGCUCUUACAGCGUCCUCAACGUCCUGUACUCACUCAUCCAAAAAUCCAAGGUCAACGAGUACAUCACCGCCCAGCAGGCUGGAAAAUCUCCCGAGGAGAUCGCGGAGAUCGUCGGCGAGUAUGGUGUUUUCCCUCUCUACCGCAUGCUCGGCUACUUCAGUAUCAUCGGACUCCUACGCGUGCACGUCCUCCUCGGUGAUUUCACGCUGGCGCUCAAGGUCAUGGAGAACGUUGAACUGAACCAGAAAUCGCCUUUUACCCGUGUAACGGCCUGCCACGUCUCUACGUACUACUACGUAUCCUUCUGCUACAUGAUGCUCCGCCGCUACCCCGACGCCAUCCGGACCAUAGUAACGAUCCUCAACUUCAUCAUGCGCAUGCGUCAGUACCACACCCGGAGCUACCAAUACGAUCAAAUCAACAAAACAGGCGACCGAAUGUAUGCUAUGUUCGCCAUGUGCAAUGCUCUGUCGCCCAGCAGGUUGGACGACAACAUUGCCAACAUCGCAAAAGAGAGAUACGCUGAUGCGUAUACGAAGAUGGCUCGUGGAGGUGACGAUGCGCUACCGGCAUUCGAGGAACUCUUCAUUCACGCCUGCCCGAAGUUCAUCACUGCCAAUCCCCCACCGUACGACGAUCCGCAAGCCCUCGCCGUCCUCCUCUCCCCAUCCUCCCCAUCCCCCAACACCCCCGCCCCCUCCGUCCAACAAGACUCUUCGCAGCGCCACCUCGCCCUCUUCCUCGCCGACGUAAGCGCGUCUGCGCAAGUCCCCACACUCCGCAGCUUCCUCAAGCUCUACACCAGUCUCGGGACAUCCAAGCUAGCCAAUUUCCUGGACACAGAUGAGGAGGAGAUGAUUCAGGAGAUGAUGGUUAUGAAACAAGCCAGUCGGAGCGUGAGCAGGGUGGUAGGUGGUGAGGGUACUCACUCGGGGACAGGCGGUUCCAAGGGGUUGCUGGAUGGCGAGACAAUAUCGACGAGCGACCUAAAUUUCGUCAUCGACGGAAACAUGGUGCAUAUCGCGGAAUCGACCAUCGGGCGUCGCUACGCCGGUUGGUUCAUAAAAAACACCGAACGGGCCCAGCGUAUCUUUGACGAUCUGCGGAAUAUGCCUCUACCUCAAGCAAAAUUGACCGCUUCGGGGGCGACCCCGGCUCCUACAGGCGCACACGGGGGUGACGGAGGUAGGCAACAGCAGGAUGGUAGACGAGGCGGUCAGAGAGUCGCAUGGGGAGGUGUGAAGGUGGGUGCAUAG